GUCGAAUGUGUUGGCUUGGGUUUUGUUACAGUAGAAAAAUAACACGAAAAGUCGAGAUUUUCCGGCGAAAGUGAUGCACUAAACGCCCGGGAAAAUGGACGUAGACCGAGUAGAUCUGUCCUUAAUUUGUAGGACGUGCAAAUGCGUUUCGCCGCAGAUGAGAUCCGUUUUCCAAGGUGUUGAACAUCCCAAUCAGAAUCCCCGUAUUGACGAGAUGCUAAUGGCCUGUGCCGCUGUUCAGGUGGCCUAUGAUGAUGGUCUACCCUCAUUGAUGUGUGAGAUGUGUGUACAAAGUCUCAGGAGCGCUUUUAUAUUUAAAAAACAAUGUGAAAGCGUCGACACAAGUUUAAGGGAAUACUCUAAAACCCUAAAAGUGAAUGCCAUAAAACAGGAACUCCAAAACUCGGAAUUCAUGGAAUCUUUAAACACGUUAAACAACUUAUUGAAUACGGAAACCCAACAAGGCACUAUAAAAGAAAACUCAGACAGUAGUAACCUCAACAAUGACACAGAAACAGCAGAAACUUGCCAACAAGCAAAAGCUUCAUCUACUGAUACAGACUAUAUCCAGUUCCUUGACAACAAUCAAAUGCUGUUGACUUGCCGCGAGUGCGCCAAAAUUUUCACUACUAUUGAGGGCUUACGAUGUCACAAACGAGUUCAUGCAGGGAAUACUUUUAAGUGCAAGCAGUGCGAUAAGGAAUACACCCGGCUCAAUCACCUACAACGUCACGAAGCCUCUCAUGGAAAACGGAAAGUGCAUGUGUGCAAAAUUUGCAACAAGACAUUGACUAGGAUGGAACAUCUGAAGAGGCAUUUGGUGACACAUUUACGUGAGAAGCCAUUCAAUUGUAAAACUUGUAACAGGGGCUUCAAUAGAAUUGAACAUUUACAUAAUCAUGUGCCUAGAUGUAAAGGGUACAAAUUUUGUCUAGGAGAGAAUGUUCACAUAUGUAACAUUUGCAACAAAGCGUUUAACCGAGAAGACAGCCUAGAAGUGCAUAAGCAAGUUCACGGCAACACCCAAUUUGCGCUGCCAACUAUCGAGAACCUGGACAAUAUUGAUGAACACUAUUUCCAAGUAGAUUUUGACGAAAACGCCGAUUUCUCCGAUCAUUCGGAUAUUGAGGAUUGUUUCGAGCCUCAAAUUGAAGUAACCGAAAAUAUUGAAGAGACAAAAAUUAAAGAUUUUGGCGAUGAGAUUAUCGACGACGUCGAUGGUGGCCAUUCCAUUGGUGACGACAGCAGCAGUCAAGGUUCAGCAGCGGACAACGACUUGAGCGGUGACAUCAAAGAAGACGAAGACGAUGAUGAUAAACCUGAGGGUGACGAAAAAAUCGUGUCCGAUCAUUUACUCCUAAAAUACGAGGAUAAGUCGGAGUGUAAUGAGGAGGACAACACGUUAGCACGCAAAGCGAUCGGUCACGAUUUAGACGUGGACGCAGAAGGCAUUGACAGUUCAGCGGAGAGUUCGGACUCUGAAUAUUUGCCUCUGAAGAAGCUGGCUUCGCCAAAAACCGGCAGGAGGAGGGGUCGACCUCGCAAAUAUCCACCGAAGAUCAAAGUGCCGGGACGGCGGGGUCGACCGGCUCUGAAGGCGCGUAAAAAAGAAGAAGAGGAAGAAAUCGGGGAUUUCCCAUGUCCUGCGUGCGGUGAAAUGUUUGAUCGCAUGAGCCUUUUGGACAAACAUGCUAGAAUUAAGCAUCAGGGUAUUAAAAUUUAUAAGUGUCAUGUGUGCCUCAAAGAUUUCAGCAGGCCAAAUCACCUGAAGCGCCACCUAACGUCCCACUCGGAAUCGAAGCCUUAUGAGUGUGAUAUAUGCAAGAAAAGUUUUAACCGACGGGAUCACCUAACGCAGCAUCAGAAACUGCACGAACGGCAGCAGCAAUAUAGCUGCGAUGUAUGCCAGAGGCCUUUUACCAGAGCUGACCACCUCGCGAAGCACAAGGCAUCGAAGCACGGCAUCGGCGACAAAGUUGGGGUAAUGGGCCAGAAGAAAUUUAUCUGCGAUGUGUGCCAUAAAGGUUUCACCACGGAAAAGUAUCGCGACGUGCAUAUGAAAGCACACAACGGUGAGAAAAAAUAUCAGUGCAAAACGUGCGAGAAGACUUUCUUGUCGAAGUCGCACCUCACCGAGCACAUGAAAUUCCACAACGAACAUUCCAAAAAGUUUUUGUGCUCAGAAUGUGGGCAAAGGUUCAUCAGGAACGAUUACUUGGUGAUUCACAUGCGACGGCACAGGGGCGAGAAACCGUUUAAGUGUAAAUUCUGUGGGAAAGGUUUUCCAAGGACCACCGAUCUGACAGUUCACGAACGAUACCACACCGGAGAGAAGACCCAUUUGUGUACCGUAUGCGGUAGGGGAUUCGGAAGGGCUUACAACUUAACGGUACAUAUGCGAACGCACACCGGCGAGAAACCUUAUCAGUGCACUUAUUGCGACGCUGCUUUCGCUCAAGGCAACGAUCUGAAAGCGCACGUACGCCGUCACACUGGCGAACGAUUCCAGUGCGAGUUGUGCACGGAAAGCUUUCUAAUGGGCUAUCUACUCACCCAACACAAGCGUACCGUUCACGGAUUAAACGUAGUAAGUAAUAUCAGGAGAUUGCAACCAAUCCACAAACAGGAAAAUCCCGACGAGCCACCGCCGAUCACCAUACCCCUUCCAAAACCGGUGGUUCCAGAAAGUUUAAUGUUUAACCACAUACAAGCGCAGCUAGCAGUCGCGCAGAUGCACCUUGCCAGGGAAUGAGCGUGGUUUAUAUGAUUUUAAACAACACUGCCAACUUUUCCAAUGCAGCUAUGGGGUUUAAAACAGUGGCUUUCGGCUCAAGGAAAAAUAUUCAUUAUUAAUGUGGAGUCCUGAGACAGUAAUGAAUAUUUUAUGCAAUGAGAGAAACAGAGUUCUUCCUCUCACUUGGUUUCUCACCCGAUAAGCGAUCGCGUGAUAAGAUUAGAGCAAUUAAGAAUGUUAGAGAAAAGAAUAAGCAGUUGUGUUUCAUCUUGCCUUUUGUAUAUAAAGUAUUUUUUGUAUAAGUUUUUGCUUGAUGGAAUUUUAACAUGGGCAUUUCUUUUUUAAAAUUAAUAAAAUAUUAAUUAAGCUUUCCUAAGGAAAGCUUGGAAAUUUGUAAUAAGUGCAAAGUUGAACUCGUCCUGUCACAUAUUGCAUCAAACAUAUAUGUCUCUAGUGUACAGAUUUAAUUGUAACAUUUUGUAUGAUCUUAAAUAUUAUUUAAACAAAUGAGACACAUAGUUAUUGUACAUAAAACGUUUACUUAUCUACUAUUAAAAUAGU